GCCAAUCAAGCGCUUAAAAAUCGGGCGCGCUCGUAAUUUCAAACUCGACACAACCAAUAUGAGCUCCAGCGGUGGCGUCUCGUACUCGUUUCCUCUGCUCAAGCCUCGCGAGAUCUUCGCAUGUCUGCGAGAUAUGCGAGUGCCCGUGUCUGAGGACGAGAUCCGUGCGUGUGACGUAGGUGCCGUGCGCAAAGUACUCGAGGCGUUUAUCGAGAACACAAUGGGUGUGACCCGUGAGGACAUGGCGCAGAUCGCAUUCCCGGGGCUACCAACACUCAGCUUCCCAGAACUUCACUCCGAAUCCGUCCCAGACUUGACGUUCUACCGCACAGCGCAGCGGCUGCUUGUAGCCUGUGGCGUGGACGAUUUUGGACUGCGAGAUGUACUCCAUCCGACACCCAAACGCGUUCGACGCCAGCUCAGCGCACUCAUCAACUUCUCAAAGUUCCGCACAGAGCGUCUCGCUGCUUUCAGUGAGAUAACGAGCCAAACAGACGAGCUCUUGGCACAGAAGAAGGCGCUACAGGAGGAGAACGCGGCGCUACAGCGAGAACUGGACCAGCUGCUCGAGGAGCAGAAGGCUGAGGAGCCUGCACGACUGCAGCUCCAAACAGAGGUCAAUGAGCUGGAGAAGGAGAUCAACGUACUUAACAGACAACAGGCUGUGCUGCGUCACGAGACGGACGAGAUGAAGACUAGACGCAGUGAGAUGGAGGACGCCAUCUCCUCUACCAGGUUCACUAAGGUCGAGGCGGAGAACGACAUUGAGCGGCUGAAGGCGCAGAUCGUCACGUCGCCCGAUAGAGUUAAAGGAGAGCUGCAAACUAUUGGCAGGACAGUCGAUAAAGCCAAGGAAGAUCUGCUCGAACUGGAGGAGAAACACGCUGCAGUGAUCCAGUUCAUCGAGAUCUACGAACGAGCGGAGAAGGAGCUCGCCAGGACGUUCAAACUACUGGGCGAGAUUGAGCAGGAGCUGAAGACAUGCAAGGAGACCAAGGAUCAGCUCAAAAACGCGAGUACGCGUCUCAGUGAGCUCAGAAUCCGCACAACCGAAACGGUCACGCGUCGCGAACGCUUGGAGAAGCUCGUGGAGCUCAAAAAGCGUGAACUGAAUCGAUACAUGGAAGAUGCACGGGCUGCGGAUGAAAACGCCAAUAGAGCGCUACAAAUGGCUCGCAACGAGUUGAGCAAGUUGGAGGCGGCGCACCAAGAAGUCCGUCAGCGAAUUAUGCAGAAUAACGACGCCAGUCGCAAGGUGGAACUCAAGAUGAAGGAGGAGGAAGCGCAGUACACGAAGGAGCUCAAAAACCUGGAACAGAUGUAUACUCGUCUUCAUCAAGCCACAGAGUACUACAACCAACAGGUUCUCGGCGCAAUCCGGUUAAGCUCGUAAUUGCUCUUGGUGUGGAGGUCAUUUAUGCCACAUUAGCUCUUCUGAUCAACCACUGAGCCCGGAGUCAUGUCAAAUCCAGAAUAAUAUAUUAUCUCAAGGCAAGGGCAUAUGAGUCAACAGCUCCGUGCCGUGUGUGUUCUGCUGUAUCCGAUGUGUACUAAGCUGUUCCAGAGUGGUCUCGUCACACUGUGCUGCGAUGAUCCGUACGAUGAUCGUGUCGUUGGUGAUGUUGACAAUGGACCGAAGUCGAUCGAGGAUCCAGUCUAUGCUGACUAAUAUAGUGAAGACAACUGGAACGUCCACGCCGAACACUGUCCUCCAUACAGUGAGUACCAUCACUAAACCAGCGUGAGGCACACCAGCAACACCAAACGAUGCGAUGGCACUCACAAAAGCCAGCAGGACGAACCUCAGAGGUGUCAACAAGGCGUCGUAUCCUCCGACUUUGGCCAGAAAAACACAAGCCAGUGGUAUGUACACAGCCGUGCCGUUCAAGUUACUUGUAGCUCCGAGUGGCAACAUGAAGCGCGAGAUCUGGUACGAUACUUCCUUCGUAGCGUCCACACAGCGCAUUGUAAUCGGCAGCGUCGCGAUCGAAGACGAGCAGCCAAAAAUGAAGAUCUGCGCAGGAAGAAUAUGCCACAAAUGCAAGAAAAUGUUCCUCCUUGUCGUCACGAAGAGCGUCAAUCCAAAGACAACGAUUGUCAAUGUCAACAGCGCUACGAUCAGAGUUCCGAUCAAGAACGCCACGCCCCGUACCAGCACCGACGAGGAAGUGUAACUAGCGAUUGAACCGGCGAUCAAAGACACGACAGCGAUCGGGAUGUACUUGACUACGAUGUUCACAAGCAGGAGGAUCACUGUGUUGGCGUGUGUCACUAAGAGCAGCGGGUAGUUCUCGACUCCUGCUUCUUUAUCCACACUCUUCAUUAGUGCGAGUCCCAUCACAAUGGCGAACGCAAUGACACUCAACGUCGACGUGCCUGCAAAUGCCUCGAAGAUAUUAUUCGGCACGAGGUCUUUGAGGAUGAUGAAAAUCUGCUCCGAGACGUUCAACUUCUCGUACUCCGUGUCUGCUCUCACUAAAUAUCCACUCACAUCAUCCAGUACGAAUAAACUGUUGGGUAGUGUUCCAUUUAUCGAGCUGCACGCAAGCGAUCCAUUAGAAUACGAGAGAUACCUGCCGUCAUCACACUGAACACUCAGCGACGGGAUCGUUGGCUUGAUCGGCACCACUGCACUUGACGGAUACAAUUUUGACAUGGCGAAAGCGAAUAGUGUUCCUAGAACUGACGACGUGAUGGAGGCCAUAGCGAAGGACAAGAUAAUUCGUCUUCCGAUGGACGCGGCCUUGCCUGCCUCCACUAAUUCGCCUAUACAUACGAUGACGCUGCAGAAAACCAUUGGAGUCACUAAACACUUCAGCGCUGAGAUGAAGAGAACGCCAGGUAACGCAAUCCAGUCGGCCGACUCGCCCUUCACUUGGUAGUGAAUGAGCAUCACGCCGGUCAUGAGGCCGAUCGCAGCUCCGAGACCCACUUGCCAGAUGCUCACAUACGCGUUCUGAUCGUAUGGCGAUAGGAUCAUGUCCUUGACUCCCAGUCCUCUGUACGAGAUCGGCUCGUUCACUACUCGCACAGGAGGCCGCGGUCGGUCUCUAGAGCGAAAAUCGAACUGCAAUAUCGCGCUGUGUGGCGACAUGGAGAAGCCGCUGUCCGAGUCGUAAAAGCUCCUGGAACCCUCUGAGUUCUUCAUGGCGAUUUGAGCUCUUGAUCACCACGUUCGCGGCUGAGGCCGACUGACCUGUAGCGUCCUAUUAGAUAUCGUGUCCUGCCACCGCUCACUCGAUAGACUCGCCACGCUCCGCCCGAAAAUCGAAAUGGUUCAGCACUUGGUUUACAAAUCCAAAGCGCUUUGCCAGCCGGAAUAUCAACAGCGAAUGACUUGGCUGCAAAUCGAACAAUGUGCCCUUGUCCACGCUUUGCCCUUACAACUCACGAUCGUCGUUCCACCCGAGGCUCACCAUGAAGCGGACGGUCCUGCAGGUCGCCAAUAGAUUCAUGUAAAAAUGUAAAGAAUUCACACGUUGAGGACUGCGCGGCAGGUGAUCCGUUGCAAGAAAAGCAUCAAGACUUUCGUGUCGUGACAGGUUUGCGGGACCAAAGUGCAUCAGCACCUCAACGCAGCGUGAUAUAGUAUCGGAUCCAGCUUUAGAGAUCCCACGCGUUUUUUAAAGCUCUUAUCCGUUGCUUUGCAUUUGCUUGGGUGGCGGAGAUACCAGCCAUUUCUUUGCUUUAUCAUAGAGUCGAUCUAAAAUAUGUUGACGCCAAACGCUGUAUUAC